AGCUGACUGGUUUGUUUUGCUUGGUAAGACGGACUUCACAGAAGCAAGCCGACGACAGGAAGGAGACUGUAACGCAUCACUAUUUCGGUAUUUUGAAAAAGCCCACAACAGAUCAAGAUCCGCUCAAGGGGGAGGGAGAUAUAAAGAGAGAGAGAGAGAGAGAGAGAGAGAGAGAGAGAGGUUAUGCUCCUUUGCCUAAAGAAGACGUUUAUACAUUUGUAAACAUGCCAUCGGAAAAGACGUUCAAACAAAGGAGGACAUUUGAGCAGCGUGUGGAGGAUGUACGGCUGAUCCGGGAACAGCAUCCCAACAAGAUCCCGGUGAUCAUUGAGAGAUACAAGGGAGAGAAGCAACUGCCAAUUCUGGACAAAACAAAGUUUUUAGUUCCUGACCACGUAAACAUGAGUGAACUUAUUAAGAUAAUCAGGAGACGCCUCCAACUGAACUCCAACCAGGCUUUCUUCCUGCUUGUUAACGGUCACAGCAUGGUAUCUGUGUCUACUGCCAUUUCUGAGGUCUGUGAGCGUGAGCGAGACGAAGAUGGAUUCCUGUACAUGGUCUAUGCCUCCCAGGAGACAUUUGGAUUUGUGGGCUCACAGUAAAAAUUUCAUAUGAUUGGUUUUCACUCUCGGACUAUGAUAAACAACCUAUGUUGAACCCAUGUGACCUAUCCCCUACAUAUAGCCCCUCCCCUUUCCCACCCCUUCCCAACAGGACUGUAGGAACCAGCUGAACUUUCAGUCCUUUUGGCCCUGAUCCCAACUCAAUCCAAAGCUAAAUCCUAAAUUCCUUCUCAACCCUUUAACUUUGACUUCCCUAUUUGUAUUGUCAUUAUGGAUGAGGAGUCAUCUGUUUGGUUCUUGGUUUUAUGUCAGGUCUUGGUUAAGCUGGGCAAUGAUCAAGUGUGUUUAAAUAAGACUUAACUCAACGUAAAGCUUGAAAGAAAGACUUCUGGGUAUCAAGAGAUGGGAUCAUCAUGGCGGUUCCAAAAAUGAUACAGCAUGUCUAGAUGAGGUGUCUAGUGUAACGUUAGGCAGUCAAAUAGUUUUUAUGUUUGGUCCUGAAUUUCAGGUCCAAUUCAGGAUGGGGUCGGGUUGCUGCCAGCGCACACUAGUGACUUUCAACCCCUCCCGUUCCUUGACGAAUAUUUGGCUUUGUGGACUCCUCUUUACUCAUUUAGUUGGGCAAACUUUCUUACUCAUAGAUGUCAUAAAAAAAAACUGUGUUUUCUGCUAAUAAUUGCAUUCCAUUUCCUGCUAGAUGCAAUUUAGUCUUUUCACGUCACCCUUGAGGUUUCGCUAAUUGGGUCGUGAGCAUAAUGGCCUACUUGCCUUGUUGACCUUUUUUAGUGUGUUCCACAGAAAGUAGAUGUUACAUGGUACACACCUGAUGAAAGGAUAAAAGAAAUCGCAAUUAUUAAAAAACAACAACCCUGCUUGUAUUGUAGGAUGAAGCUUUAUAAUGCAAGUAUAAAAAGGACAAUAAAAAUAAUUAUCUGACAAUGGUACAUUGAAAGACAGCUUGAGCGAAUGAAUGCGACUUUAGGGACAUGCGUACAGUGAAGCGACCGUGGCCCAGGUAGACAGGCCGGAUGUAGCCUGGUCUAUAUGGAACUGCUUCUGAACGUCCUUGCUCUUUUAGAGCACGCUUUUAGUCUUCUCAGUUUUACUAGAGAAUUAUUUAUGCCUUUAUAAAUGCAUAACCAUGAGCUGUUGUACUCUUUCCAUCUAUAUGUCUUUACAGUUAAUUGUAAAGAUAAGCUUAGAUGCCUUCUCUCCUGAGCAUUUGUUUGCUAUUUAAUUGUCUUGCUCUUGUUUAAAGAGAUGUUAUUUUUUAACAUCUCUUUAUGUUAUAUGCGAUUUUAUUGUGCAAUUUACAAAAGUGACUGUUUGAAUGAGGGUUUAACUAAAAUGAUCAACCCAUUAUCAAAGUCAUUUCUGCAUUUCUCCUGCUCACAGAUGUCAGAUUUACAGCAAUAUCACACUUCUAUUUCUGUUGGUAUUUUAAAAAUAAAAGAGGAAUAUGCAUCCUGUUUUGCCUUUUCUUUGAAUUCCCAUAACACUUCACUUUAGAAAUGUUAAAGCUUCUGUUAUUGAAUAUCUUGCAUGAAAGUUUCCUACUACCUGAUAGAUAUUGCUGAAAUAGAUGUUGGUCACGGAAGAUUCAAAACAGAUCAUUAAUCUUUGUAAAUCGGUCUGUAACCAGCAGAAACAAAUCUGACCACAGUUUGUGUGUUAGUCAAUAAGAAAAUUUGGCGGCUGCUCUCAACCAAUGCUGAGUUUGGGGUGUCUACCUGCAGGACAGGGGGAGUGUUUGGGGAACCUAUUUAAAUUUUUAUUUUAUUUUUGCAGUUUCGUUUGGUGAUGCAGAAAUUGUUUAAAGCUGUUUAAAUUAAAUUUGUAUUGCUGUUGUUGGAUAGUUAUUUUGAUUUUUAUCACCAUGUAUCUGUUAGGUUUAGGGAAAACAUUUUUCCUGUACAAUGUUUUAUGAUUAAUCCAUGUUCAAAGUGUUCUAUCGAGGUGUGGCAACCAAACAAAUUGCAUUCACAGGAAUUAUCAAAACAAAUGUAUUUUCAAAAGUGUCAAAUUGAUACAUUAUAUAAAAAAUUCAGCAUUCAAACUUCAUUAAACAUUCACCUCUGAAUACAAAAUUGCAGCAUCUGCAUUGUCAUUUUAGGUCAAAAGCUUUCUUGCAAUAAUACUAGACAUGAGAAUACAUACAGGCAACAUGCAAAGCCAGCAAUUGCAAGAUCUUUGUAAUUAAAAAUUACAGAAACGUUCUGUAAAAAGCAGCUACUGUAUAUGCUGAUCAAAUACUUUGAUCAUAAAUAUUACCAUUUGCUUGUAAUUUUCCAAACAACACUGAAUGACAAAAUGGAAUGGAACCUACUAGGUCUUAAUUUAAGGUGUGAGUUUUGCCCCUUUUUGUUUUUUUUACAGUUUAGAAAUACUGCUUUGAUAUUUUUAGUAUGACAAAAUGAUUUGUUUCCUUUCACAUGUUCAGUUCCCAAUUGAGAUAUAGAAUUCCACAAAUCUCCAGGCAAUUUGAACAAUUUUUGUUUCAGUUUACAGUUUUUCUCAAUUGCUUUGGCUCAGUUCUCAAAUGUUUUUUUUAUUUCCCAAAACAUUAAGUUCAGAUCUCUGAACAAUUCGCUUCUUUUUCACAUCAGAUUGGAAUUUCUUAUUGAUUUGAGCAACUUGCAAAUGCUUUGGCACAUGUGUGCAAAGAGUACAUACAACUGUCUGCAGUUUGGACAACAAAUAAUUGCAUAUGGCUUGUUGAUCAAAACUGAUGACUCGAUUCUCACUUACACUGUCAAACACUUCAGAACUUCUCAGACAUUUUUUAUUGUGUAAGCCAUCACAUUCAAAACGAUCUAUUCAAUUAUCAUAAUUAGUAUACAUGAAUGUAUAUUCUAAAAUAUAUCUGACAUUGACAUUGUUCGUAAUGUUUGCUAAAUUGGCACUCUAAUUGCAUUCACAAUCUAAUUGCAAAUUACCUCUAAUAUGAAUCAACCAUUUAAC